UCACAUGGAAAUUAUCACAGGUGUGAGUGGCCGCCAUCUUAGAUUUCAGAUGUUGGCGCGCUUGUGUUUCAUGGCAACCUUUUAGUGUCAAAUAUCACAGAAUGACCACAGUUGCUGUUAGAAGACAGCAGCAAGAUUACGUAGUACCCAGUAGUGCAUCACAGGAAAUACAGCCGUCCCCGUUGGCGCUUUUGGCCGCUACUUGUAGCAAGAUAGGGUCACCAGUUGAUGAGGGUGGUGCCCAAGGAUCAUCAACCGUCAAGGUGGUAGGUCAAAACCAGGUUUUACGAAGUGGAGAAAUUAUCGCAACGGCCGCAGGACCAGCUCAUUUUAUACCAGUUCAAUCACAAGCUGUAGGGCUGUUGAACCCGGAUGGAACUGUGACACAGGUCGCGGGCGUGAACGGACAAUCGGCUCAGCCCGCGGCUGUGACUGUAUCGGCAACCGGGAUCAAAUCACUUCCAACAUCUGUUUCUGUCGUACCUCAUAAUCCUCAAACUGGAGUGUCUGUGGCAUCUGUCAAUGGUCAGUUGUAUCCUGGAGCACAAACAAUUGUAGCACAGCCUCAAGCAAGUGGAAACAUUACUUAUAGUGUUAUUUCAGCAGACCAACUCCAGAACCUGCAAAUUGAUGGGCAAGGAGCAAUUUAUAUUCCUGGCAUCAGUAACAUCAGCCAACUAGCUACUGGUCAAACACAACCUAUUCAGAUUAAUGGAAACCAAGGUGUCCUUGCCCCAAGUGGGCAGACUUUUAUUCGUGCCCCAAAUGCCCAAACAUCAUCUUCAUUGGCUCUGCAAAAUAAUCCUGCAGCAGUGCUUCAACAGGUGCAAGGAGUUCAUGGGGUUGGAAACAUAAACAACGUUGCAUUUGCUCCUCUGGGUGGACAAAAUAUGGCAAUUCGCCAAGGAAACUUACUACAAGCAUUUCAGCUUCCACUCAGUGCUGUGCAGCAGACCAUUCCAGUUCAAGUCCCUGUAUCAACAGCAGGAGGUCAGACAGUACUUCAAACUAUCCAUCUCCCAGUUCAAGUCAUACAGGGUGUUGGAGGAGGAAAUAUGCUGACCACUACAGGACAACCUGCCCCUGCCCAGGUGAUGACUCAGCUAGCUGCAACACAAAUGCCAACACAAUUAGCCCAGCUUGUAUCACAAGGACAGUUGCAACAACUACAGAUGGGAACUCCCUUCCAGGUGUUGCAACUAGCUCAGAAUCCAGCUCAAAAUACAUCAACCACUUGGACAACUGGUGUUGUAACUCCAGUAGUGACUUCUAUUUCAUCCACAGAAGCUUCUGCUACUAGCCAGGGUCAAACAAAUACUGUUCCAUCUGGGUCAGCCAACACUACUGUAGUGUCAGGUGGUCAACCAGUAAAUGUCCAGAGCCUGCAAUUACCAAAUGGUCAAAUUGUCCAAGGGCAUCAAAUGAGCCAAAUUCUUACCCAGGGUGGUGCUGCUGCUACCUGGUGGCCAUCAUCUGCAAUCAGUGUAUCUAAUUUAGCUGGACUCAGAGCACCAAACAUCAUUCAGGUUCAGGGAAUCCCAGCAAUGGGUGGGAUCCAGAAUGUUCAGCUUCAAGGGCAACAAGGUCAGUACCUGAGCAUCUCUCCUAAUGGAAGUGUCAUUGCUACCCCACAUGCCCAGACGGGUGGACAGUCUCAAAUGACUGGUCCAAUGAGUCCAAUGCAUGCAUUACAAACAAUUGGAGGAACUCAAGUUAUUGCUCAACAACUUCAGCCUGAUCCUAGUGAUCCCACCAAGUGGCAAGUAGUAGCAGCAGCUCCUGUAAGCUCUGCUACUCAGCCUCAACCGUCCACAACACAAGCACAACAAGUCUCCACUUCUUCAACUUCUACCUCCACUGAUGGUAGCAACACUCCAGAGUACCCACGCAGGAUACGCCGAGUAGCCUGUACAUGUCCGAAUUGUCGAGAUGGAGAAGGAAGAAAUAGCGAAACAAAGAAGAAGCAGCAUAUUUGUCAUGUUCCAGGCUGUAAUAAAGUUUAUGGUAAGACAUCUCAUCUUCGAGCACAUCUUCGUUGGCACACAGGAGAGAGGCCAUUUGUCUGUAACUGGUUGUUUUGUGGAAAACGUUUCACUCGUUCUGAUGAACUUCAGCGACAUAAACGAACACAUACAGGAGAGAAAAGGUUCCAGUGUGCUGAGUGUUUGAAACGCUUCAUGAGGAGUGACCAUUUAUCAAAGCAUCUGAAAACCCAUCAAACCAAGAAACUUACCACUUCAUCUUCAGAAGGAGUUGGUGAGGAGGGUAUUCCUGAGAACUGUGAUUUAGUAAUGACAGUAGUGGAACCUGAUCAAGACCCUGAACUGUCAAUUAGUGAGCAGGCUGUGAAUGGAAGUCAAUAGACUAGUUAUCAGGUGUGUGUGUGUGUAUAUAUAAGAUCACAUGUGAAAACUAACAGUUCGAAGGUCUUGUAUUAAUUUUCUAUAUAGGGUUGUAGAUGUAUUUGUUUAUUAAACAACUUUUGCACUUUUAUUUUCCAACAUAUUCUUUACGUGUGCUUGUUAUCUCCUGAUCAGUUAAAACAAACGUGGUUAUACAAAUCAAGUUGGAAGCUCACAAAAGUUCUACUCAGUUUGUACUAGACAGUAUAGUUGAUUCUAUAUUUCUAAGAGUAACACUCAUGCAAGUGUCCAACUUCUUUAAAUUAUGUUUCAAACUAAUAGGUUAUAAAACUUUUAAACAAAUUUCUACAUUAUAUAAAGUGAUUUAUAAAAUCUUCCUCCAGUAAAUCAGCUUUUAUAAACUUACAAUAUUAAUUACUGAGGUAAAUAGCAUAAAAGUGACCCAUACUUUUGAAUUAAAAAAAUAAUUAUUUCCAAAAUGUGUGUGUUGAGCUUCCAUGAAACCAUAAAAAUCCUUAUUCCAUUGGGUCGUGCUCAUAUGCAACAUCUACAGUGGUCUGUGCACAAUCAGUGGAACAUCUCUUGGAAUCCUUUGUCCUCUGCCAUUCAUCUUCCUCCUUCUGCACUCAACGACUUUACCUGUUGGCUUGACAAAAUCAAUACAACAGUGGGAGUACCUCUAACUCCCUCUCAUCUGGAUCUCCAUCUACUUAUAGAUGCAUUCUUGACAGGAUGGGGAGCAUAUCUCAACUCAAGAGAUUUCUGAUCAGUGGUCCCACAAAGAAUCAGCCCUUCAUAUCAAUCUCUUAGAAAUUUUAGUGGUACAUUGAGCAUUGGAUCAUUUUCUUCUGGUGGUUUGAGGAUGUGUUGUUAUUAUCCAUACCAACAACUCUACAGUUGUCUCUUAUAUCAAUCACUAGGAUAGUGCAGGAUAGUCUUGCUCUCUCUGUUUCCACACUCUCAACUUCCUUUUCUGGGCCCAUUUUUUUCAAGUACAGCUAAUGGCUUGUCAUAUUCUGUGUGUCCUGAAUCAUGUCUUGGAUCUCACCUCGAGACCCAACACGAUAUUACCUAUGGAGUGGUCCCUGAUCUUCAUGUAUUCAGGUGGCUGUACUCUCAUCUGGCCACUCAUCUUAUAGAUGUAUUUAUCACUCAUCUCAACACCAAACUUCCCCUUUUCUAGUCUCCUGUUCCUCAUCCAUUAGCUCUAGAUGUGGAUGUGUUCAUUCAGGACUGGUUUAACCUUUUCCCCUAUGCCUACCCUCCAGUCUUUCUGAAUUUAUUACCUGGCUAUUUGACCAAUGUUUAUCUCUGUUAACCAUUGCUAGCUACAGGGCAGCACUACCUAAUACUUUCUGGUCUUCCCUUUACUAUCAUGUAUUCACCUCUCCUGUCAUUUCUAUGCUCUUCCAUUCUUUUCAACAACUUUGUCCUCUCUGUCCUGCUGUCCCUCUUAAUUAGGUCCUGAAUGUUGUUCUCCACAUCCUUACCCUUCUUCCCUUUAGCCUCUUGUUCCUUGUACCAUCUUUCACCUAAAACCUAUUUCGUACUCCAUCAAAGUUCUGACAUGUAUGCAUUGAGUCUUCCCAUGUUAUUUUCCAAUGUUCGUAUACUCUUCUUUAUCCUGAUAAUGCCUUUCUACCUAAAACGUCUGCAGGUCAUGAUGGAAACUGCAUGUUCAAUCCUAUUUCACUUCCAUCCAUUUCUCACCUUCAUUCUUGAUCUGAUUCUAAUUACCUUCUCUGUCCUAUGCAUGUGGUUCUGUGUUAUUUGACCUGCACUGCUCCUUUACUGAGGUUUCCACACCCAUCUAUUUAUUCUUCUACCUGUGAUAUUUCUCCCAUUACUCUCACAGGAUGGCUUCAUCAAUUCACCAAUUUAGCUUAUGCUUCAUUGAAUGAAGAUUUGCAUUGACUCUUCCAAGUAACCUCUCUUCAAAACUGACACCUUACUCCCUUUCUGGCUACUCAAUUCCAUCAUCCAUUGGAGGAGAUUGUGCAUGUUGACAGCAUCACAUACUUUCAUCAAACAUUGUCUUCGUCAUCUGUCCGUUUCUUCUUUGUCAGGCUCAGAAUGGAAACCUCCCAUCACCAUUCUACAUACACCUUACCAGCUCUGACUAGAUAAGUUAUCUUUCUUUUUCUCUUACCUUUAUAGGGCAUCUUGUAUGUCACAUGAUCCCAUUAGGUGGCAUGUGGUACCUGCUAGGGCAUACUUAAAUAAAUCUGCACUGUGGGGCCAUUUCAGGCCUGAUAGCACUCACUGAUGAAAUGGGGAGAUUCACAAGACUGCUAGAGGUAUCCUUGUGGUAUAUAUUAUUUACUAAAAAAGUCCCAAUCCAGCCUGUACCUACUCAUGUACUAUCAUGAGCAAAGCAGUGUCGAGACAGCUGCCCAUCCUUCUUGUUCUAGUUGAAUAGACUGGAACUGGCCUGCUUUUAUAAAUAAGGUUUAAACACAUGGUCAUCAAUUGCACUGUCUUCUGGUAUUCAACUCAUCCAGGCUCCCCAGUGAGUUUCCCCCAUUUUGUGAAGUACGGAAGUCCUUGCCAUUCACCAGUUCCUAGCUGCUAGGGUGGUGGAUCAUAGAGGCUACCUCCUGAGUGUGACUCCUUCCACUCAGUAGAGAAUAGGAUGGUGGUGUUCUGUUCAUGUAGAUGGUGUGGACCCUCUUCCUUCCAUGGAACAGAUGUCAAAUUCCCGAUGCUUCCUGGUUUUGGACUGAAGAUGGCUCACCAUAUACAGUUCCUCCAUCCUACUGCUGCCUGGAUGUUGGUUCCUGUGCAGUCUGGUGUUGGAUAAGCUCAGAAUCAGCCAACAUGAGCCAAGUCCUCACUCAUGUGGUUGGUAGGAACUCUCCUCCUACCAUGAACUGGACAAACAAUACUCGAUUUCACCUGGUUUUGGACUGGAGUUGACCCACUAUGUACAAACUGACAUGCCCUAGCCACACCACACCAUUUGGCAUGUCAAUGUUCCAUACUCAGAUUUUAGACUGUGCUUAUUUUCCACCUGCCUUAGUGACACAUAAUCAAUAUGAGCAGUGUGUGUACCCUGGUAAUAAUAUGGUGCUGUCUCCCGCAAGUGUGCCCCUAUAUGUUUCCAUUAUUUUCACACUCUAUGGGUUCUCUUUGGUUACUUUCUGAAGAGGGCUCAUCUAGGUUUUGCACCAAUCCUUCCACCACUUCAUUGUGGGAUUCUAGCUAAUAUGUAAGAAGAGGUAUGGCAUUGUAUCAGAAGUUAACAUUUUCCUACACUGAAAAUGUAUUUCUGAUAGAUACUUACCACCCCUCACACAUUCCUCCCAUCAUCCCCACUUCUGGUGCAUCUUUUCUUCCUUAAUAUUGAAGUGAUGAUUCAAUGAUCAGUAUCGAGGGAGCCAACUGUUCUAGGAGGAUGUGUUGCAGUCCUAUUCGUAAAGGGUUGUCGCACAUUCAUUUGCAUGCAACAGCAUAGCAGUAUCACAUGGAAACUUGUGAAUUUAGAUGAGAGUUUCAAAGCUAGUGGUUAGCAAAAGUUGCAUAUAUAGAGGGCAGCACCAAAUCAGGAAAGCUAAUAUGUGAGGGAGGUAAGUAUCUAUCAGAAAUACAUUUUCAGUGCAGGAAAAUGUUUACUUUACUUUACAAGCAAGGUUUCUAAAUGCUUGUAUAACUUGUCUUUAGUUUCCAUGUAUAUAUAUUCCAUUGUCAGUAACUAUUUAAGCAUUAUGGGAGCUAUUUUAAUAGAACACUUGGAACUUUUGGAAGCCAUAUUUGAUGCUAAUUAUCUAAGAAAAGUAAACAUUUAAACUAAGUGUUGUCAUUGUUACAAUCUGAUGUUGGCACUGUGCAAUGAGACCUUUCAGGCAUUUAACUUCCCCAUUAAAGAAUCUAGUCUCAAACUAAAAAGCAGUUCUUUAAGGAUUAUGUAGUGUAAUAAUAAAGCAAACUUAUUAGAGAGUCUUUUAAGUUUCAAACAAGCUUCUACUUAGUAUUUGCACUGAUACAUGUCAAGUGUUGGUAGACAUUGCUGAUGAGAUGCAUUUAACCUAUGCUUUAACUACAAUAUGUCAUUUACUGUUUGCAUUUGAAGUAUUAAUAAUUUUGCGAUAUACUUUUAUUUUAGUAUAUAUAUAUAUAUAUAUAUGAUAUUCAUUUCUAUAUUACUGACCACAACAUUUUGAUCUUAUGUGUUAAUUGUUUCAUUUCAUUUAAAGAAUUUACACUUACAAGUGACUUGAAUUUUAAGCCAUUGAAUUAACACAUACAUAUGGAUGUUGAGUAUUGUUGACAGUUUGUUAACAUGAUCUUUAAUAUUCUAAUGUGUCAAUACAAAUAUGUGAUUUUAAAUACUUUGAUAGAUACAAAGUUACCAUUAAUCAUAUAUUUACCUAUAUACAUAAAACAACUAGAUAAGCCUUUAGAUGAUUUUUGCUGCUUGGACAUUAAGCACUGGAAGGGAUUUUAUGAAUUUUUAUAAUUGCGCUUAAAUCAUUGUUAGUGGACUUGUUUGUCUGUGUAAAAAAAGAGGACUUUUGUAGUUUAACAGAAAUCUAACAUAAUAAAAAAAUGAACAAACAAUAUAUGAGAAAAGAAGGACAAAGUCAAAUCUAUUUAUACAGUAUAUCUUCUUUGAUAAUAUAAAGUCUGAUAACCAUCACUGAUAAAUGUCUAAAUAGUUUGAAGAGUGAAAAUACUGGCUUGUUGUAAAGUUUAACAAUUUGAGUAUUCUUUUUAAAAUGUUCAUGUAAUUAAUCAGCCUCAUAUGCUGAUGAACAUGAAGAGUAGACAGGAAGUGUGAUGAUAAUGUGCUUGUUUUGAGUGUAAGUAAUUUCCCUCUCAGUUUGAUACAUUUUAAUGUAAAUGCAAGAGAUUUUUGAAGUAACCAUUGUUACCUUGAGUGUGUUGGAAUCAUUCAGCAAUCUAUAAUAUAUAUAUCACUGUAAUACAUUAAAAGUUACUAAUACAAAUUAUUUUACCUAGAUUCUACUCUUUCUUAUACUAGUAGUUUCAAUAUCAAGAAUAUUUUUAUAAUAAAAAAAAUUUAUGGUCAAAUAUUUUGUAUUGAAUUUUCUGUUGCAGUGAUUAAAUCACAGGCGAGAAUAUGAAAUUAUGAAAAAAAUUCAAGUUAACAUUAGUAUGACAUUUCCAAAUAUUUCCAGCUGACUAAUUUCAGAAUGAUUUGAAAAACGUAAGUUACCUAGGAGGGAGUGUGUUUAUGAACUACUAACAGUCUGGGAAAUCUCUGAAUGGAAUGGAAAAAAAUUAAUAUAAUUUAUUUUAAAAAAAUUGUAUGUAAAGUUUUUGUGUAUGUGUUUUGUUUUGUUUUCACUUAGACUACUGAAAGAUCUGUUGGGAAUUCUGUGUAAGUUAAAGAAAGUUUAAUGCAUUUUUGUUUCCCGCUUUGUAGGAUGUGUUAUUUAUAUAAUAACAUGAGUUUUCAACCUCUCAGAGUUUCUAUAAGGGAAAGGCAUCUACUUCCUAUAUUGUUAUGUUUUUUAAAUUAUUUACUAGUGUUUGUCAUUUCUCGAAAAAUGUUUUUGGAAAUACCUUCUGCAGAAGCAUAUGGCUUGGAAAAUGUAGAUACCAAGCCAGGUAAAGAUGUACCCAUAAAAUAUAUUUAAGGAAGUUUGUAUUAUACAUAUUUCUUUUCAACUAAAUAAGCAAACACUUGUUAUUUUAUGAGUUGUUUUAAAGUGAUCAUGAGUUACUAGUGAAUAUUCAGUAAUAAUCAUAAGGUUACAGAUGUUUUAAUUCAGUUUGAAUGGAUACAGUAUUCACAUGUAAAUUGAAAGAUUUGUAAUUUAGCAUGAGACUAGAUAGAUGCAUUGCUGGGUGUAUUUGGAAUCGUGAUUAUAGAGGAGAAAACAAAACAAAGUUUAAGCAUGGUUCAGUUCUAUCUAAUAACUAAUUCCCAUUUUGUACAUUUUCUUAAAGGUAUCUUGCAAAUCAUUAUGCAUUACAUUUGAAAAACUUAAUUUAGUCAUUUGUCCAUCACAGUUUGUUAAGGAUAAAAUUAGGUCAAAAUUGGCGGGUUUUUUUUUUUUAUCUGUGAGUUUGCAUACAUGUAUGUGGAAAAAUAACUUUCAUACAUUUGCAAAUGAUAAAGAAGCUGACAUUCUUUUAUAGAACAAGAAAUUUAAAAUUUAAAAUGUAAAUGUGUUUAUUUUUAUGCAAAAGUAACUGUUAGGUAUAUCUGAUAUAUCAGUAAUUCUCAAAACUAUUUUAAAAACAGAAAUUACUGAUAAGAGGAUUUUUGGGAAUGAAUGUAAAGAUAAAAAGACUUAUCAGCUGCAUUUCUUUCUUAGUUGAUUGUAACAUUAAAAAAAAUUGUAACUUAUUUUCAAACAAUAUGUGAAUAUUUUAAUUGCCAAACAUGAAAUGGAUUCUAUAGAAGUAUUUCAUUGAAAUUAGCAUGUAUAUUAAACAGGGGUUUAUGACUAAAAGCAAAAUUUGAUUGUAGACUGUACAAUAAAGGAUAUUAUUUGCAA